GAGGUUUACUUGGCUGUUUGCCCAGUAUCAAUUGUCUGUCAAUAACAUACUUUUAUUAUAUACAAGCUGGGUCAUCGUUUUGAUGGAUAAUAAUGCCCGUUAAAGUUGAUAUUACUCCGCCACCGCCAGCUAAUUCAAAACAGCCUGGCGUGACGAAGUCUCUUCUUUACAACGGCUCGAAAUUUCAAGGGCAUCAAAAGUCCAAAGGAAAUUCAUACGAAGUAGAAGUAGUAUUGCAGCAUGUUGAUGAAGAAAAUUCUUACCUUUGUGGAUAUCUAAAAAUAAAAGGCUUAACAGAAGAGUUUCCAACACUCACGACAUUUUUUGAUGGCGAAAUUAUAUCGGCAAAAUAUCCUUUCUUAACAAGGAAAUGGGAUGCUGAUGAAGAUGUGGAUAGAAAACACUGGAGCAAGUUUGAUCUAUUUGUACCAUAUUUAAAAACAUUCAACUCCGACUCAUUCGAUUAUGACUCUCUUGAAAAGGCUGAUUACGUAUUUAUGAGAUGGAAGGAGCACUUUUUAGUGCCAGAUCAUACAAUAAAAGAUAUAAACGGUGCUUCUUUUGCUGGGUUCUAUUAUAUAUGUUUCCAUAAAUCGGCAGCUACCAUAGAAGGCUAUUAUUACCAUAGGAGCUCUGAAUGGUUUCAAUCGUUGACUCUGAGCCAUGUUCAGGAACACAGCAUUCAAAUUUAUGAAUUCAGAUGAAAUUCCAAUAGCAGUGUUGAAAUUGGAUUGAUAUUUGUUUCUUUAUAGUACUUACACGUUCUUUAAGUCAUUAUUUAAUUUGAUAUCCUCUACAAUGACUUUGUUGAGCAUCUUUAAAAGAUCUCUACUAAAUUACCUGCUACGAUGAUCAAUAUUUUAUGAACAAUGAUAACUGGCCUGUCUUUGCAUAUACUUACAUGUAAUAUAACUCAUUAAAUAGUAUGUAAAUACAUCAUAAUUUUAUUUAGAAUAAUUUUAAUUAUAAAUUUCAUUAGAAAUCAUCUUCAAUAGUAAGAUUUUGUGUACUAUUUUAUUUUAUUGUGAUAUAUUGUACAAAUUUCUUGUAUAAGUAGACUUUGUUUUUAAAUUUUACAUAUGUUUUGAAAUUUCAUGUGUUCCUUUAUAUUUAGUUACCCGUUACUCACAUGUUAUAUAAGUAUGUGCAAGAUCAGGUAUAUAACAAUAUUAUGUUAAUUUGACGACCUGUAGGAAUAUAUCAAUUUAAACAGUGUUAUUAAGAAAAUUUAAUAUUUUUUUUCAAUAAAAUCUUGAAUACAAA